CCAACUCUCACAGUGGCGCGACAGCGGCAGUCUCCAGUUCCGUCUGAACAGAGAAAAGAGACCUGAAACUCACUUUUCAAUUGUUUUUCCUCGCCUUGUCCUCCCCUGAUGUCCACCGUCUCUCCCAUAUCGUUCUUUCCAGUCCGCGUCCCCACGUUCAAACCCCCGACUCCAUCCUACCGUCCUCCCGUGCAGGCCGCCGGACCUCAGGGCCUCGUUCGAGAGUUGUCUGAGGACGCGGCGCUCGACUUUCUUUCACUGCAGUUGCCUUCUCUUCCUGCUCUCGAGGCUACUCGCUUCCACCCUCUUCGCGUUCCACGCUCUUCCAGCUGUCCCCGUAAACGUCUUACUAGUUCUUCCUGCUCCUCUCAUUCGCGAGAGAAGACGCAGUGCAGGGGACAAACGAGGACACAGAGAGAGAACAGCGCGAAAGAGUCCAGCCUGGCCGCCAUUUUUCCUGGGGCGUCGCUGAUCUGGUGAGUGACGGCGACGGGAGAGGAGAGAAGGGAGGAGGCAGGUGCAGUGCGAGGGUGAAAGCUUCUUCCCUCUUG